AUGUCUUCUGGCCAAACUAUUUCAAAGAAUAUUAGUGAAAUCAUUGCUAGAUAUGCUCCAAUUUCAUUAGGAGCGGAUUUAUCUAAUUUUACAGAUAAUGAAAAAUCUGCAAUAAGUAAAUUGGUUUCAGUUGGAAAAUUAAUUGAUAGACUUUUUCUUCGUCAAAAAUGGAAGGGAAAUGAAUCCCUAUUAAAUCAAUUAUUAUCCGCAAAUCCACGUGAUGAAAAUGCCAUCUUGUUCUUUAAUUUAAUGAAAGGACCAUGGGAUAGAGUUAAUGGAUGGGUGUUGCCGUAUCCACCAAAUCUUCCUGAAGUUAAACCGCCCGGAGGAAAUUUUUAUCCUGAGGAUAUGACAAAAGGAGAAUUUAAUAGUUGGAUUGAAAAAUUAUCAUCGGACGAUAAAAAACGUGCUAAAGGAUUUUAUCAUACGGUUAAAAGACAUGAAGACACUGGUGAAUUAUAUUUAAAUCCUUAUUCAAUUGAAUAUAAAGAUCUAUUGAAUGAUGCAUCUGAUAUUUUGAAAGAAUGUGCUAAAUUAGUUGAAAAUGAAUCAUUAAGUGAAUUUUUAAAAAGUAGAGCUGAAGCUUUCUUAAGUAAUAAUUAUUUAGAUAGUGAAGUUGAUUGGCUUAAUAUUAAUAAAGAAAGUAAAAUCGAAGUUACUGUUGGACCUUAUGAAGUAUAUACAGAUGAGCUAUUCUCUUCGAAAAGUGCGUUUGAAUUUUAUGUUCACGCGCGUGAUUUUCAAUCAUCUAAAAUGUUGGAAAAAUUCUCUGGGAGUUUACAAGAUGUGGAAAAUCAUUUACCUAUUCCUGAUGAAUACAAGAAUAAAGACUUGAAGGUUACUCCAAUUGUUGUAGUUAAUCAGUUAUACGCUUCUGGGGAUGUUGCAGUGCCUAUGACUGCUGCUUAUAAUCUUCCAAAUGAUGAAGAAGCAGUUAAACGUGGAGGUAGCAAGUUGAUUAUCAUUAAAAACGUUCAAGAAGGAAAAUAUCAAAAGAUUUUGGAUCCAAUUGCUCAAUUAACAGUCGCUCAUGAUCAACUUCAAUAUUUGAGCUUUGACGCGUUUUUUACCCAUAUUCUUCUUCACGAAGUUGCUCACUCCAACGGGCCUCAUUACAUUAUUGGAACAGAUCAUGAAACUGUUCGAUCAAGAUUACAAGAAUAUCAUUCUGCUAUCGAAGAAGCUAAAGCUGAUAUAACCGGAUUAUUUGCAGCGGAGCUUUUACUCAAAAAAGGAGUUUUAACCGCACCGUCUCUUGAACAGUUUUACGUGUCUUACCUUGCAUCUGCCUUUAGAUCGAUUCGGUUUGGUAUUAAUGAGGCUCACGGAUUAGGUCAAUGUAUUCAAUUAAAUUAUAUAUUAGAAGAAGGAGGAUUUGAAUAUGACGAACAAACAAAAAGAUUCUCCGUUAAUUUCUCUAAAGUGCCUAUAGCUGUUUCAAAUUUAACGAGAGAUAUUUUACUUAUGCAAGGAGACGGUGAUAAAGCACGUGUUGAACAAUUUAUUUCAAAAUAUGGCAAAGUUCGUGAUAUUGUAGAAGAAUCUUUAAAAAGAUUAGAAAAUGCAAAAAUACCAAUUGAUGUUAGACCUAUUUAUAAAAUUGAAGCCGAAAAUUUAUUAUGA